UGAACACACUUUUUCGCAUCUUAGAGAAUUUAAGAUCUUUUUAUAUAAUCGCUGUCCUAAGUCCGCUGAUAUAAACAUAAUAUUCAGUUACAAAUUUGACAAACUCAAAUUUCAACCGUAUUUCUUUUUGGAUCUCAGUGCAAUCUCACAAAACUUUGGUAAGUCAUGCUAAUUUUCGAGUCAAUAAAGGAAUGGAUUUCAUUCCGGAAAUCAAUAGAUCACACAAAAUAUAUAGGCUUUGUUCCUACUAUGGGUUGUUUACACGAAGGACAUGCCAGUUUGAUUAGAAAAUCUGUAGCAGAAAAUGAUUUUACCGUUUUGAGUAUCUUCUUGAACCAAACUCAAUUUCCUGACCAAUCUGACUUUGAAAAUUAUCCAAUAACAACUGACGAAGAUUUAGAAAUAGCCAAAAAAGAAAAAGUAGAUGCUGUCAUUUUACCAACAACUAGUGAAAUGUAUCUCGAUGAUUACCACUAUAAAGUAACUGAAGAUAAUCUUAGUAUGCUCAGAGAAGGCUCACAUCGGCUUGGACAUUUUACUGGUGUCUUAACUGUAGUCAUGAAGCUUCUUAAUAUCGUUAAAGCACAAAAUGCAUAUUUCGGAGAGAAAGAUUAUCAACAAUAUGAGUUAGUCAAAGGAAUGAAAGAGGCGUUUUUUAUCGACACAGAAAUAGUACCUUGUCCUACAGAAAGGGACGAGAAUGGAAUCGCGUUAAGUUCUAGGAAUAGACGACUUACUAAAGAACAAAUGAAUGUAGUUAAAAAUUUUCCCUUGUUACUUUCAUCUAAGCAUUUAUCACCUAACGAAAUUACAGAGAAGCUUAAGGCAUUAGGAUUUAAGGUGAAUUACAUUGAAGAUACAAAUAACAGGAGAUAUGGUUCAGUACAGAUAGGUGACAUUAACUUGAUAGAUAACUUUAAUUUAUCUUAGUUAAUAUCUGUCCUUUGCAUAUCAAAAAAAUAAUACCGCAAAUUUAACAUAAUGGUGUGUAAUUUGUUCUGAGGUAUGCUUCAGUUUUGUUUAUAAACUACCCACUUUAUGCUUAGCGUAAAUGGAUUGUCAUGUUCAUAUCACUGAAUGUUAUAUUUCUUUUUAUAAUCAAUCAAUUUUUGUACUUUUUACACACUGUCUAGAUACUUGAGCUACAUCAUACGAAAUACAAGUACCUCGUCAAGCAAUACACGUAGAUGCAGUAGUUACAAAUGCACCAAAAUCGAAAAUUGUUGAGUUAAAUAACUGGAAUUGUAAGAUCAAUUUUGCUAUAUUUUAAACGGAAAGAUUAUUUAUGACUGCUGGAGCUCUGUCAUAUUAUCUUUUUUUGUUUGUCCUUUACUUAAAGUAUGGCAAUUUUAGUCGCAUGUAUGUCAAUAAGCCACUAUCAGUCGACGUACUAAUUUGUUAUCAUGUUCUAAUGUUAGCAAAUAGUGAUUGUAAAUUGUGUCAUUAUAC